AAAACACAAACAAGCACACCAACAAAGGAAGCAAAGCAACAAAAUGAAGCGUUCUGCCAUGUCCUUCUUCCCUCUCUUCUUCUUCACCCUUGCCCUCCUCCUCCCUUCGUCUAUCUCUCUCAUCGACCCCGUCACUCCAGACCACGCCUGCACCUUCACCACCGAUCCCCACUUCUGCCAGUCCCUCUUGCCUAGUGCAUCCCUGUCCAACUUCUAUGGCUACGGCCAAUACCUUAUCAAGAAGUCCUUACAGCAGUCCUACGCCUUCUCCUCCCUCAUAAACGAGACCAUAAGAGAUAAGGCCAACCUCACCCCUCAGGCAGCAGCUGCCCUUAACGAUUGCCUGCUGCUCUCAGAACUCACCACCGAUUUCUUGACUUCCUCCCUCUCCACCCUCGACUCCUGCGACGCCACCAGCCUAGCCGAAGACCAGGCAGACUUGGUCCAAACCCUCUUGAGUGCCAUUGUCACCAACCGGCGCACUUGCUUGGAUGGCCUCGCCCAGGCGUCAUUCUUGCAGCACGGCCACAAGCUGUACGCUCCGCUGAUGAAUGGGUCUCAGCUCUACAGUGUGUCGCUCGCCAUGCUGACCAACUCCUGGCCCUUCAAGCACAAGAAGGCCAACCCCGGCCGGCAAUUGCUUGAUGAGAUGAGAGUAGGCAAGGAUGGUGUGCCUGAAUGGGUCAACCGGAAGAUCUUCCACUCUGGCUCUGCCCGAAGGAUGGCUCUGCAGACGGUAGGGAGCGUGGUUGUCGCCAAGGACGGCAGCGGCAAGUACCGCACCAUUGGCGAAGCCAUUGCUGCUGCUCCUGCCAACAGCGGAAGCAACGGGUACUACGUGAUCAACGUGAAGGCGGGAGUGUACGAGGAGUACGUGUCCAUACCCAAGAACAAGAAAUACAUAAUGAUGGUUGGAGACGGGAUCGGCAAGACCAUCAUCACUGGACACCGUAACGUUGUUGACGGAUCUACCACUUUCAACUCUGCAACUCUCGCUGUACUUGGUGAGGGCUUCGUAGCAAUCGGGAUUACGGUGAGGAACACCGCCGGUCCAGCCAAGCAUCAGGCCGUGGCCGUUAGAAACGGCGCCGACCUCUCGACCUUCUACAAGUGCAGCUUCGAGGGAUACCAAGACACGCUCUACACCUACUCCAUGCGUCAGUUCUUUCGGGAGUGCGAUAUCUACGGCACAGUGGACUUCAUCUUCGGCAAUGCCGCUGUCGUCUUUCAAAACUGCAACAUAUACGUGAGGCUGCCAGCUGCCAAACAGUUCAACACAGUCACAGCUCAAGGGAGAACCGACCCUAACCAGAACACUGGCAUCUCCAUCAUCAACUGCAACAUCGCGGCCGCCUCCGAUCUCGCCGGCCACUCCGAGGUGAGGACAUAUCUAGGCAGGCCGUGGAAGCAGUACUCGAGGACAGUGUUCAUCCAGUCCAACCUUGGUAGCUUGAUCAACCCGGCGGGGUGGUCUCCAUGGGCCGGUAGCUUUGCUCUCAGCACUCUAUACUAUGGAGAGUACAACAACCGUGGCCCAGGUGCAGCUACCGGUGGCAGGGUCAAAUGGCCUGGGUUCCAUAUCAUGAGUUCUAGCGAUGCUAGCCGCUUCACCGUGUCCAGUUUCAUACAAGGAGGAAAUUGGCUGCCCAAGACAACCGUGCCAUUCACGGCCUGAUUAUAUUGAUGAGAAGAAAUGUGAACGAGUUCCACUGUAGCCUAAGCCUUUAGGUUAUUCAUUUUAUUGAUGUGUCGAUUUUUUAAUUUGUUUGUAUUUUGGAGAGGGAGGGCACUUGCCCUCUCAUAUCUUAUCUGUUUAUUGAUUUGGUGUACUUAAGAAGACAUUGGUUGUAGCUCUAUCUUUCAGAUUGAACUGUAAAGAAGAUCAUCCGGAUCUUUUACGCAAUCAAUAUUGUAACUUUAAUUGUAAUAAACUUUC